AUGGGUUGUUGUUCAUCGAAUGUAUUCCAUGAUGAGGAGAAAGGGUUGGAAGACCAUUUCUUUCCAUAUCUUGAUUAUCAAGAACAACCGGAUGAUGAAUACAAACAACUAGAUACUGAAAAUGAUCAGAAGGGUGAUACCGCUGUGGAGCAUAUAUUCAAGAAAACGAAAAUGGUAUAUGGACAACCUCCGAAAGAUAUGAGAAAUUUCCAUAUUGAUUGGAAAAAUGAGUAUCAUAUCGAUUUCAAAAAUCGACCAUGCCCUUAUGAUUUUCCAGCAUUUGAAGGCGAUAAACCACCCGAUUAUGAUGAAAAUAAAGAAGAAAUGAAUAAAAUUGAUACGAUAGACAAAGACAAAUCGAGAAGAGAAGGAGGAAGGAAAAGAAAAUCGAAAAGCAAAGAUGGAAAAAAGAAAAGUGGUGGUAAAGAAGGUGCUAAGAAUUUUGCUAAAAUCACUUCCAAGAAAGCAAAACAUUCAACUAAUGAACUGGACCAAUGUAGUAUUAGUGAAAAAGAUUGA